GGGAGACCUUGUGGUCCCUUGACUAGCCACCAGACUCCUUUUACCACAGAAACAGAAUUGACAAGACGAUGGCAUUUAAACGCUUCCAAAACCCAACGGCCGAGCAUGGCACACCAGCGAAGCCAGAGCCGCCGUCGGCGGCCACCAUAGCUGCCGAGCAGAAAAUCACGGCCAUUGCCCUGUUCCUCGGCGCUGUGGCCAGUAUUGGUGGCUUCAUGUUUGGUUAUGUCAGCGGUCAGAUCUCGGGCUUUUUCGACAUGGAGGACUACGGCCGCCGCUUCGGAGAGUACAACCCUGACACGGGAGCCUAUGACUUCAGCGCCCCUCGCCAGGGUGCCAUUGUCGGCCUCCUCCCCGCUGGCUGCCUCUUCGGCUCUUUGAUCGCCGGCAACAUUGCCGAUAGUCUUGGUCGCCGCAUGGCCAUUUCGGUGUCCGCUCUGUUUUGCUGUGUCGGCAACAUCAUUGAAAUCUCGUCCAAGUCUGUCUGGGCCCAGUUUGCUGUCGGCCGCCUCGUCACUGGCCUCGGCAUCGGCUCGCUCUCGGUUGCGGUCCCCAUGUACCAGUCCGAGUCCAGCCCUGCCAUUCUCAGAGGCGUCCUUAUCUCUACCUAUCAGCUCUUUAUCACGCUCGGCAUCUGGACCGCCGAGAUGGUCAACUAUGGAACUCACAAUAUGACGAAUUCGGCAUCCUGGCGCAUUCCCAACGGCCUGUCGUUCCUCUGGUCGCUAAUUCUGGGCGGCGGUAUCCUUUUGCUGCCCGAGUCUCCUCGCUUCGCGUACCGCAAGGGCCGCGAAGACGAGGCCCGCCGCACCAUCGCCCGCUUGGCCGGUCUGGAUACCGACGCUCCCUCCGUCAACCAGCAGAUUGACGACAUUCGCACCAAGCUCGAGGAGGAGAGGGCUGGCGCGGCCACCAGCUGGUAUGAGAUCUUCACGGGCCCUCGCAUGUUUUACCGGACUCUGCUGGGUAUCACCUUGCAGGUUAGUGUUCUCGACGCCCGUCUCUUAGCCAAGGGAAAAGUCACUAACAAGCUUGGCAGGCCGGACAACAACUCACCGGUGCCAACUUCUUCUUCUACUACGGGACCACCAUCUUCAGGGCCACGGGCCUUAGCGACAGCUACGUGACUCAGAUCAUCC